CGGCCCGGCAGCAGUUGGUCUACGCUCGCCGCGAACCCACGGUGUGACCUGCGUCUCACGAAAAACUGGCAGCCAGGCCGGGGAUCAGUUUCUGGUUUCGGGGCUACAGCAUGGCCGUCGACUGAGUGAGCCACGCAAACGGUGCGUGCUGUGCUGCUGAAUCGACGACGCACGCUGUCUCGCCAAGCCAUUUUUUCCGCCGCAAAGUGGCAAGUUGCGCGCUUCAAAGUGUCGGCCCACAAAGUGGAUGCGCUCGUUUUCCGAGCCGUUAUCUUCAUGCACUUCUUCAGCAUGCUCGAGUUUACGACCGUCCAUCCGCCGCCAUUAGAAAAAAUCGCGAGCGAGGUAAACCGCAGCCUGCUGUGUCUGGGCUGGAAUGCAUCGCUGAACCGCAGCGACUUGAAUGCAAGCUUGGACAGUAGCAGCGGCCCCCCUGAAGAUUCGGACUGUCAAAGUGCGGCGGUCCCCAGGGGCACAACGGCGGCGCCGCCGACUCGCAAACGCUCCUCCACGCAGCACCACAUGGCCUGGUGGCAGCAGCUCGCCUGGAGCACCGUGUUUGCGGUCAUGGUGUUCGUCGCCGUCGGCGGAAACUCAAUUGUCAUGUGGAUCGUAUUAGCUCAUCGUCGUAUGCGGACCGUGACAAAUUACUUUCUCGUCAACCUGAGUGUUGCCGACCUCUUCAUGGCCGUCUUCAACUGCAUUUUCAACUUCGUCUACAUGAUCAACAGCGACUGGCAGUUCGGCACGUCUUAUUGCACAAUAAACAACUUCGUGGCGAACGUCACGGUUGCUGCCAGCGUGUUCACCCUGACUGGCAUCUCGAUGGAUCGGUACUUGGCCAUUGUUCGCCCCUUGCAGCCCCGGAUGUCCAAGCUCAGCGCCCGAGUGACAAUAGUCGUGAUAUGGGUAGCGUCUGCCACACUCGGCUUUCCAUGCCUCCUCUACUCCGAGACCAUCACACGCAAGUCAAGCAGCGGUCAAGUGCGGACAUCAUGCAUCCUGAAGUGGCCGGACGGGUACCAAAUGAACUCCACAAUGGACUACGUUUACAACGUGGUGCUGUUCAUCGUGACCUACGUGGUGCCGAUGGUCGCUAUGGCCGGCUGCUACUCUGCGAUGGGGCGCGAACUCUGGGGCAGCAGGUCAAUUGGCGAACUGACGCAACGCCAGAUCGAUUCCAUCCGGUCUAAGAGAAAGGUAGUGCGAAUGUUCAUAAUCAUUGUACUGAUCUUCGCCGUGUGCUGGCUGCCAUACCACGCCUACUUCAUUUACAUACACCACUACAGCGAGUUCGCUUACACCAAGUACGUGCAACACCUCUACCUGGCUUUCUACUGGCUCGCAAUGGCCAAUUCGAUGGUCAACCCACUCAUCUACUACUGGAUGAACGCCAGGUUCCGACAAUAUUUCAAGCACGCCGUGUGCGAGUGGAACUGCCAGAAGUUCAAGCGGAAGAAGCCAGUGGUGCAUGGAGUGGAAACGCCGCCCAUGCUCGCGAGGUACAGCCACUCGUACUCCAGAUCAAGAUCAGGAACAGCGGACGAUGGGCAGGUGCGAAAUGGCGGAGGCAAUCGCGGCAGCAGCAACGGCAACAACAACCCCGGUCGGCAGGUUUGCGUGUGCAUCGAGCACCCUCCGGCGACGGUGCGCGUCGGUCAGAACAGCAGCCGGCCGAUCCACGACCUGAGCGGCAACGGCACGUCCAAUAGCCGCUCAGGCCGCCACCUGCACCACUCGAGUAGGCGUUGUCGUUUCGCCGGGCGGAACAACAACGGCGGCACGAUCAACAACGGCCGGCGCGAUGGCCGCCGCGAUCCCGACUACUGGCGUAACCGCAACAAGUUGCUCUUCGAGAUUAACGAACGCAAAGAGGGCAGCAGCGCUGGCGGCGGUAGCAGCGGGGAGGCCUCCAAAGGGUCCAAGGAAGAGAUAGAGUUUAAGGAAGUCCCGGCUCGGAUACCGACCGCCAGCAGGAAGGAAACGCUAGAGACGUCGAUCGACGUAUGACGUCGAUAUUAGUUAGUGGCCCUGCAACCUUUUGUCUCUCCAACCGACGAUGCUUUAAAAAUAAAUUACUGAUUCAAAAUGAUGUUACAAAGACGUCGCCGAUUUUUUGAGUGUUUACGUGUCUGUUUUAUGGAUAAUUGUUGUGUUGAUCAAGGUUUCAAUAUUGCAUGCAGGAAAAAAGGUAAAUUUUUUCGGUAAUAAUUAGAGAUCUAGAAAAAAUGUCAAGUGCAGCGUACGUAACCGUAUGUGCCGGGUCCAGAAUUUUAUAUGCAUAAAUGACUGUACAAAAGGCGGGUUAUUGGCUUGAACAAUAAUUUCAGAUAAAAUAUUUUAAAAAGAAGAUGAAUGAAGACCUAAUGAAGAUGUUCCUACACAAGGGAAUUAUUACUAUUUUAAACAGUGGUUGGGUAGUUCAAGAAUUUAGAACAAGAUGUUGAUUACAGCAAGAUUGUUCGUUUCACUUUCCAUCUGUUAAUAUGAGUAAUACAAAAUAUUGGUAUACACGUAAAAUGAGAAAAUAUCAUGAAUUUUUUUUAUUUUUUAAUUAUAUUAUCAACAGACGCAUCGAAUGUUGGAAUUUCUCCUCACAUUUAGGGCAUUUUUCAGAUUUUACCUGGGCAGUAUUUUAUGAUUUUGUAAAAUUUAUAGGGUGCAUUGCGAUCGUGACAAUUUAUAGAUAUUUAUAAACAUAAAAAUAAUUUUACAAAUUCAUGAUAUUUUCUCAUUUUUGUGUAUGCCAAUGUUUAUUGCUCGAAUUAACAAUACCUUGUUACAUUGUUUUACCUUCUGGACCUCUAGUUGAAAUUCAGGAUGAAAGUUUGAAGAGCGUACAGGGAGCCUUCCUGAAACUCGCAAUUCAGCGAUCGUGAGCGCCACUCGUUCCGAGAAACCAAUUCUCAUUCCGCAAAUUAAAUUAGUUGUAUGUAUUAGAAAGAAAUUAAGUCGUCUAAUUUAUUUCGCUUUAUAAUAAUGCUUGAAUUCAGUGAAAACGUUUGCUUUUAAUAUAUUGAUUGUUGGGACAUGCGUGAGGGCAGAAGCACGUUUAUAUCUACGCCACUGUAUAUUGUUUCGAGUUAAUUUAAGAUUACUUUAAAACUAAUUUACGAAGGGCUUUUUAACACAUUUGUUUUUAUCACCUUUUGGAUUUAACAAAAAAUACAACUGGCGUUUCAAAAAUUUAAUCUUUGCACGCGUAACAUUACAAAUUUGAGGGGCAUAAACUUUUCCUUUUCCAUUUCAAAGGUAUAAUGCGAUCCUGCAAAGCUGUGUGCGGAUUUUCGCACCCAUUCUAUUUUUCGGAGUAUGUAUAUGUACUUCUUUCGCUAUUUUAACGUGCUGGUGAUAUUCACAGCUGUGCAUAAGAGAUAACGCGUGGAACAUUUGUCAGAAUUUUAUGUGCGGAGCUGGCGAAAACGCUUAAAAAUAUAGCAGGCAGACGACCAUCUCUGUCACACACUCACAACAGAGGAGAGAAUAUUCAGCUGUUGAGUGCAUGCAGACGGCGGAAUUGAUGUCAAAAAGUAUAAAAAACAUUUCUGCGUAAGAGAUGAAAGCGAACUGAUUCACGCAAGCUCAAUCUCGAUGCUUUUUAAGUCCUGAAUCGACUAAGUCUACAUGUGUGUGUUGAAAUCAAAAAGAUUAGUUUGCUCAAGUUGAUUGCCAAUAUAAGAAUUGUUUGAAGGUUUGCUGAUCGAUGAGCAAGUAUUUGAUCUCUUUGUUGUUUCCAUGUACUCUUUUAACUGAUGCGUGGAAGGUUGAGAUCGCUGUUGUGUUCAAAGCACGAAAGUUUAACUGUAAACGACUGAACCAAUGAAUAUUUAAUUUAAGAAAUAAAUACGUGAGUGAAUAUACAGCGAAAAUGAACAGAAAUCAGAUUCUUAAAAUGAUAAAAUUGAAAAUAUUGAAUGCGAUUAUAGGUCAAUAUGAAGAGCAUUUUAAAAACAGUUAAUUUCUAGAUGCAACAGCAAAAACUGAAUGAAAAAUAUUCAUGAAAUGUUUUUAUCUGAGAAAAAUAGAAAAUGUUUAAAAUUUGCUCAUAAUAGGUGUCAGUCUGUGAAAUCUUCCAUUUCGUUAAAUAGUGUUGCCUGUGAAGGUGAGACUGGCGCUUGAAAUUUUGACGUAGCAGGGAAAUAAAAGAUGUUCAUUUAAUAAAUGGAAAACGUGACAUUCAAACAGACCAUGUGUGGCGUGUACGAGGAGAGAUAUAAACUAAUUCAAAUCGAAGCUCCAAAGGUAUAUUGUUGAACUGAGACAGGGUAAUAAAACAUCUAAA